GGCUUAGUGCUGGCCUGGCCGUUCCGGAACAUCCUUGCAGCCUUCGUUCCAUCCAUCGUCUUCUGCACUAACGGGUUCCAUACUUUUUUUUUUUCACCCAGCCUCCAGGAUUUUGCUCUCGUCCGCGCCUAUUGUGGAGGCUAAUAGGCUAACACCCCGCCUCUGCGGUUAUCAACUGCCUCCGCUGUUAUCAAUUUUCUGCCAGUCAUCGCCGGAUGCAUUCCUGCUAUCGUGAAUAGGGCCAAUGCACGCCGCUGCAUUGUCCUGUAACUGUAUGCAUUACAGUACACAGGCUCACAGAAACGAGCUGCUGUCGGGAUGGAUCGACCGCACUACCUGCUUCCGGGACCCAGCCCCGAACCUCGUUCCCUCAGGAGCCUUCAGUUCUGGGCAACAUGUCGAUUCUAGUCCAUUGACUGACCCAACGUCUUGGGGCGCUGGUACCCACCCAUCAUUAAUCACCUGUCGUCCAAUAUAUACAGCCAGAACACACUGCUUCCCGCCAGAGGGUCCUUUUUGCCCCGGAGGAACGCCUUUAGACCCAAAGGCGGCAAGUCUUGCCUUUCAGGACAUGGCUAGACGAUCCUCUUUUUUUUUUUAUUUUACUUUUCUAAUUUUUUUUACCUUUCCCCUGUCCUAUUCUUAUUUUAAUUUUUUUAAAUUUUCUACUAUUCCUCCUUUAGCGCACAGGGCUUCAACUUUGGUCUGAAUCCGUAGCCAGGGCGUACAGCAGUAGCCGCAGGCUGUUGUUGCAUUGCUUCUUCACGCCGAGUUCAAUUUGGUCUUGUGCCCCCCCCCCCCUGCUCUGUAACCCGUUCGGGUUCCUAUCGAUUCUCAGCUUUCAUGCAUU